GGCGGCGGCGGCGGCGGCGGCGGCGGCCCGAGCUGCCAUGGACGCGCUCAAGUCCGCCGGGCGGGCGCUGAUCAGGAGCCCCAGCCUCGCCAAGCAGAGCUGGGGGGGCGGCGGCCGGCACCGGAAGCUGCCUGAGAACUGGACAGACACCCGGGAGACACUGCUCGAGGGCAUGCUCUUCAGCCUCAAGUACCUGGGCAUGACGCUGGUGGAGCAGCCCAAGGGCGAGGAGCUGUCGGCCGCCGCUGUCAAGAGGAUCGUGGCCACGGCCAAGGCCAGUGGGAAGAAGCUGCAGAAGGUGACUCUCAAGGUGUCGCCACGGGGGAUCAUCCUGACCGACAGCAUCAGCAGCCAGCUCAUUGAGAACGUGUCCAUUUACAGAAUCUCCUACUGCACAGCAGACAAGAUGCAUGACAAAGUGUUUGCGUACAUCGCACAGAGCCAGCACAACGAGAAUCUUGAGUGCCACGCUUUCCUCUGCACCAAGCGGAAGAUGGCCCAGGCUGUCACCCUCACAGUAGCCCAGGCCUUCAAAGUCGCCUUUGAGUUUUGGCAGGUAUCCAAGGAAGAGAAGGAGAAGAGGGAGAAAACCAGCCAAGACGGAGGGGACAUCCUGGGUGGGGGCUGCCGAGACAGCACCCCUUCGCUGAAGAGCCUGGUCGCCACUGGGAACCUGCUGGACUUGGAAGAGACAGCCAAGGCCCCACUGUCCGCGGUCAGCGCUAACACCACUCACGUGGACGAGGCACUGCGACCUCAAGACUUAAACAGCAGCAGCGUUGUCUGGGAGCUGGAUGAUGGCCUGGAUGAAGCAUUUUCAAGGCUUGCCCAAUCUCGGACGAACCCUCAGGUCCUGGACACUGGACUGACAGCACAGGACAUUCAUUACGCCCAGUGCCUCUCGCCUGUCGACUGGGACAAGCCUGACAGCAGUGGCGCCGAGCCGGACGACCUCUUCAACUUCUGAGGCCUGGGGCUGGCAGGACACGUGACAAACCAAAGCCACCCACGUCGGGGGCGGGGGCCAGCUCCAGGACCCCCAGCCACUGUCCUUCAGUCGGCAGCGCUGUCAGUCUGCAGAUCAGAGCUGCAGCCAGUCAAGCAGAGGGAAGUAGAGAUUCUUUUUUAACCCCGUUCUUUCUCUAAGAACUGAAAGAUGCCUUGAAUAUUUAUUCAGUGACUCCUGGUUCAACUCAGAAGCUGGUUUUGCAUCAGGCACCAGCGCAGUGUUAUAACCAGCUUUCUGCCCUCUCUUGAGCGAGCUCUGCUCCACCGUGGGUGUCAGGAUGGUGACCAAAGCAUUUCUCGUCCCUUCUCUUCAAGGGCCCAGAUUUCCCUGGAGGUGCCCUUGCUCCUUACUGAAAGUAGUCGGAUCGUUCAUUUCUGUCAUCCUUUGAGCACAGGAGGGCAACACAGCCUCGGGAGAAGACCGUGACAUCCAGCCCGCCUUCCGUGGGGGGCCCAGCGGGCCGGGGCUUGGGCUCCUGGCCCUGGGGGCUCUCAGAGACAGAGGGGCAGCCCCUGACCAAAGACAACACGUGGCAGGCACUUUAAAGCACGCACAGCAGGUGUGGCCCCCAGCUCCUCGAUGGUACUUUGUUGCGUAGAGCUUUCUUUCUGCCCUUCUUCCGAGAGACGAGGCCCAGAGUCCCCAUCAGUGCUUGGAACCGGUGUAACUGGCUGCCCUGGACUCCCAGAGUCUGCCUGUGACCGUGGGGUCAUCCGUGUGACCGCCUCCUGCAGAGCUCCCACCCUGCCCUUCCCCCUCCACGGGGAUGAAGGUUUUCCCGCGCUGCUGUUCGGUCUGAGCCCCACCUCCCCAUACUUCCUGAGAUAGUGCGUGAAACCUAACACCUAGAUUUGUUUGCGAAUGGUUGGUUGCCAGUUUCUAGAUGAGGAAACUGAGACCACACGCGUGGAAGGGGUAGAGUCAAGAGUAGAACCCAGAUCUGGUGCCAAAGCUGCCUUCUCACCCACACCUGUCACAACUCACACCUCCUUUUUUCUAGCUUUGUUGCCCUCCCAGGAACCAAAAAGCCCCAGCUAUUUUCUGACCAAAAUGUGUUUCAUAACAAACCAUCUGGUGCCUUUACUCAUAUAACUGGCAUGAGCCUGUGUGCCCUGCUGGCUAUCUCGCUGUUGAUUUCUGUGAAAAUGGAAGUGUUUGAAGUCUGCUAAUUCAGAGGGUGAAACAAAACCAAACUUCAUAAGCAUCACGCUGUUCCUUCCUGAUGCUCCGACCCCAGGUCGGGGACAUACCAGCGGCAGCCUGUCUUCAGAGUCUCCCUUCCUCCCCUUUCACCCCCAUGGGGCUCCCAGCAAAGCCGCCAGCACAUUCUUCAUCCUCAGGUGCCUCCCAGGCCUGGCUUUACCAAGCUUAAGUCUCUGGUGAUAGUUGGAGCAGGUUUCACCAGCCCAGGAAACACACCGUUUCUUAGAAUCUACGUAUCUAAGCAUCUGAAUCAAAACACAGAGACAGGAGUGCCUGGGUGAGAGGUGGGGUGGGAUUGCCUUUAUCACAAUGUGAGGAUAAUUUCCUUUCCCUGGCCCAGCUCCUGCACCCCCGCUGCCCACCCCAGAUCUCCUUGGUAUCAGCCCCUGUAUUUGUCGUGAGGCAGCAGGGCUUGGGCCUGACACGGGCCACCCUUGGCACAAGGGUCCAGGAGCCCUGAGAAAGGCUGUGCUGUGUUUGUGUGAGUCUCCAUGGGACCUUCAUCUGAUCUCUGGCCAACAGUGGUCAGUGUGCUCCCCUUGUGUCUACAGAUAAGUUUUGUUGUGCUUUACUUUGUGUUGCUGUAAAGGAAGUUCUAAUGAGGAAAAAAAUAAGUAAUAAAUGUUCUCUUUUUGAAAUACAAAGAGCACUUGCAUGGAGUGUCCUGGUGGCCACGUAGGAGCGUGGCCUUGGGCAGCCCCUGCCCUGGGUGGUUGGAGCAGUGGUGGCCACAGACCCAGACAUGGGGGAUAAUGGUCUGUGAUCCCCUAGAUGAAGCCAGAGGGCCCCCUUUCCACCAGGCAGAUGGGUUGUGUGAUGAGGUCAUCUCUGGAUAGCUUAGUGAACUCAGCACUGGAGAGGCCUCUGAAAACCUAGGUCAAGGCCUCCUAACCAGGGUCUGUGACCCCUUGAAAUGUACAUUAUGCGUGUGGCCACACGUACAUUUUUCUUGGGGAUGGUGUCUCUCAUUUCCAUCACAUUCUCAAAUGAGUCCAUGACAUUUAUUCAUUUGACAGACUUUGUGCUAAACACAAACCAGGCCUGGGAUUCAGUGCUGGGGACAGCAGUCCAGACACCCUCCCUGUCCAUGUGGACUCAGAACGUGUGGCUUGGGUGUGAUUGGGGACUAGGGUGGGGGGGUGGAGGAAAGUGUGUUUUCGUGACUUGGGAGACCCGAGGUCUAGCUCUGGCUCUGCCACCUGGGGCUGUGACACUGGAUCAGUCACUUCUUUCCUUGAGCCUCAGUUUCCCCAUCUGGGAAAAGGGUACAACAAUCACCACCCUUUCUGCCUCCCUGGGUUUUGUGAGAUUCGGGUGACAGUUAUCAUAUUGUUGGUGAUGUACUUAGAUGGCUCAAAGCUUAUCUCAAAGCAAACGGCAAUUUGGACCAAAUACAUUUAAGGAAGUCAAAGUAAAAUUGAUAAUAACGCGGGCUUCCGUUAACUGAGCUCUUCGUCUGUGCCCAAGGCCGUGCCAGGCUCUCAACUCUAGCUCAUCGCGGCGCUCCUGUUGAGCCCCGUGGUACUGGCUCCCUUUCCUGCUGCAGGAACUGAGGCUGCAGGCACUGCUGCCAGUGCCUGACAGACCACAGCCCAGACUCGGAUCUCUGUGGCCCUUGACUCUGCCACGUCCUGAUCCCCCGGGAGCCACAUCUGCAGUCAUGCUGCCUGUGGCCUCCUGUAGAGCCGCACAGAAAGGCCGCUCUCGUCAAGCUCCAGUGGGGGUCUCCUCGGGCAUUUAUCUCUUUGUCCCUUUCACACAGUGAUCAUAAAAAUAUCCGGAACCCAGGGGCGGAGACCUCUGAUAUCAGCCCUCAUCGGGCAGACUGGCUGUGAAUUCUGAGUGGAUGGUAGAUGACUAAGAAAUUCUCUCCUUUCUUCUUCUCCCAUAAUCUGAGAAGACACCCAACAAGUCCGUCUUUCGGUUUAAAUUUGGCCAAUGCCUUUAGUCUCCGGAUGUCUCAAAUUAUGAAUCCUGAGCACUCGCCAUCUGCUCUUUCAUGCAUAACGGAUGAAGCUGCAGAGAACAAAGUCGCCUUUCAGAUUUGAUGUGACCUUCAGCUUCACUGGGUGGAUGUUGGGCUCUCCUCUCCCAGGGGGAGAGCCCAUCCCAAUUAAAUCUCUCCAAGGACUUUCUGACAAGCCCGGAGAGGGAAUCUGGUCGAAUUCUGGGCCCUCGGUGCUUGUCUGGGGUCUGUUCUUCACCUGGCCUUCUUGCCUCUGCCACUCCCUGUGCACGGAGUACAGAGGUGGCCUCUUUGUUAUCAAGGAGUGAGCUUUUCCCCAGGGCGUACAUGCCAGGCCCCGUUAGUCCUUUAUACCUAACAUCAGAGAUACUAGUCUAACAACCAUGCCAGGACGUGGGUGGUCCUAGCACCAUUUUCAAGAUGGGACAACUGAGGUUCAGGGAGGAUAAGUGAAUUGACCAGAGUCUCACAGCCAGUAAGGAAUGGACCUUGGAUUUGAACCCCAGUCUGCCUGACGCCAGAGCUUGUAUAUUUCCACGGCACUACCUACCCUGUAGAGUGAAGGGCAAACCCAAGCC